CAAGAAGGCACGGAUGCUGAACAACUGAGAGGGAAAAGCCCAGAUGAGAUGGAAAGCCCCAGUGGACUAAGUGAAGAGCCCUCGCCUUCACCCAGCCCGUCUGAUCCAGAGAGAAUGUCAGAAUCUGAACCGGCAGAUGCAGAAAGUCAAGAGAACACAAAGACUGUGACUCAGGAUCACCUGGAUGGGAGUAAAAGUGAGCAGAAGACAAGUGAGGAGAUCGGUAGCAUCAGUGAAAAGCCACCCAUAAAUCCUUCAGCCACCUUACCUGCCACCGUAGAGGACGAUCCCUUUGGCUCGAGAAAGGCUCGGUCGUCUUUUGGAAAAGGUUUCUUCAAGAUCCGCGGAGGCAAGAAGACGACCAGUAGCCCAAGCCUCGACCGCAGCAGGAGUGCGAGUGCGCCUAUGCUAGCUGAAACAGAACGACAGGGUACGGACCAUCUCGAUCUGGCAGGGCUGCCGCAGAGGUCGAACAACAGCGACAGCACACACACGCUCCCCACUACUCCAGAAAGCAGAAAAAAAUCCAAAGGAAUAAAAAAGCUCUUUGGGAAGUUAAAAAGGAGCCAGUCUACCACAUUUAACUUGGAUGACAAUCUACCAGAGGGUGAGUUCAAGCGAGGAGGAGUGCGUGCCACAGCAGGACCCAGACUGGGUUGGUCUCGUGACCUUCAAAGAGUCAACAAUGACGUAGACGCUCCCUUUGCACGCUGGCCGAAGGAUCAGGUGUGCGAUUGGCUGCAGGAGCAGGGUCUUGGUCUUUAUGUAAACAUGGCUCGCGUGUGGAUCUCCUCUGGACAGACGCUGCUACAGGCCUCGCAGCUGGACCUGGAGAGGGAGCUGGGCAUCAAACAGCCGCUGCACAGAAAGAAGCUCCAGCUGGCUCUUCAGGCCCUCGGCUCAGAAGAGGAGGACAAUAAGGGAAAGCUGGACUACAACUGGGUGACAAGAUGGCUGGAUGACAUCGGCCUGCCUCAGUAUAAGACCCAGUUUGAUGAGGGAAGAGUGGACGGUCGCAUGCUGCACUACAUGACUGUGGAUGACCUGCUUUCCCUGAAGGUGGGCAGCGUUCUGCAUCACCUCAGCAUCAAGAGAGCUAUUCAAGUCCUCCGACUCAACAACUACGAGCCUAACUGCCUCCGUCGCCGGCCGUCAGACGAGAACAACAUUUCACCGGCAGAGAUUUCCCAGUGGACCAACCACAGGGUGAUGGAGUGGCUGAGGUCUGUGGAUCUCGCUGAAUAUGCUCCCAACCUGAGAGGCAGCGGCGUCCAUGGGGGCCUGAUGGUUCUGGAGCCACGGUUCAAUGUGGAGACGAUGGCUUUGUUGCUGAACAUCCCCCCCAACAAGACUCUGCUGCGGCGCCACCUUGCCACACAUUUCAACCUGCUUAUUGGCUCAGAGGCCCAGCAGCUCAAACAGGAGUGUCUCGAAAACCCAGACUACACUUUGCUUACUGCAACCACUAAGGUCAAGCCAAAGAAACUAUCAUUCGGUAAUUUUGGCGGUCUGAGGAAGAAAAAGCAGGAAGAGAACGAGGAGUAUGUGUGUCCGAUGGACGUGGAGAUGCCAAAGGGUCGGAGCUUCCAAAAAGGCUUCGAGCUCCAAAUC